AUGGCAGUGACCCAAGCCCUCGAUCAUCUGAUUCUAUUCCUACCCGUCGACCCAUCGACUUCCUUUCCCAAGCUCCCCUCGUUCUUCGAGAAGAACUUCACCCUUACCCCUGGUGGUACUCACGCCGACGGUCUAACCUCGAACAUCCUGAUCCUCCUUACUGAUGGCUGUUACAUCGAGCUUGUAUCUUUCAUCAACCCCAAGAAAGAUGUAUCGUCACAUUGGUGGGCAUCCGGUGUCCAAAAAUUCGGAUGGAUGGACUGGUGCCUCAUCAACGAGCUCUCACCAAAGGACAGCUGGCAAGCGAUAGGUGGCGGUGAAGGGAGUCAUGACGAACCAGUCGAAGGUGGGAGAAAGAGAGCAGAUGGUGUGGAUGUGAAGUGGGCUGUAACGUUUCCCAAGGGCGAGCAUGGAGGGCAAGCGAGCCGAGGACGAGUGCCGUUCUUCUGUCACGAUAUCACGGAACGACAAGUUCGUGUUCCGCUUAGUGCAGAGAAAACCGCCCACUCGUCUGGAAUUUUGGGCGUGAAGGAGCUCACAGUAGUUGUGCGUGAUGAGCAGCUACUGAGCGAGACGGGCGAGGUGUAUGCAAGGCUAUUUGGGAAGAAGGGCGUGCAAAGAGGGAACGAGUUGAACUUUCAGGCGAGCAGAGUGAAGACAGUCGAGGGACUAGAUGAAGGGGCAAAGGUGGUGCUCAGAUUAUCGAAGGACGAAGAAGAGCAGGCAAGGUUGGAGAAGAUAGGGUACUGGUAUGGCGACGUUGUGCUUGCUGCACCAGCUGGGCAAGGCAAAUCUUCGGGUACGAGAGAGCGACUCGAUGCGGGCGAUGAGAGCGUUUCAGGUAUCUGGGUUGACGUCCACGACGUAGAAGUGCAGGCACUUCCCAAAUUCUCGCGCUAUCAAGCUCCCAUCGACCCCAUCAGGAAGUCAUUUGCGCUGUCCAAGAAGAUGGUAUCUGAUUCUGGAACUCGUACAGUGACUCGAUCUAUGAUAAUGAAGUCUCCACCGACGAUGACCACGUCGACUCGACCUACGACGACCACGUCGACUGGACCUACGACGAUGAGACCUACACCGAGGAGGAUUAUGUCGAACCAUACACCAGCUGUGACAACGAGACCUCCACUGAAGACCAAUACAUCGAGACCAACACUUGUGACGACUCAGCCUACACCAACGAGUCCACCACCAUAGAACACGAAGCCGGCCCCCCUGCAGCCAUCGACCCGGACUGGUACAUCGAUCCCGCCACAAUCGAAGCCCACCGUCUCCAAAACGCCAAAGACAGCCUCGUCCGCAAAGUAGCAUUCGUAAUCAUCAAUUACGAUGACGCCGAAGAAACCCAGUACGAAACCACAUCCCGCUACCGCCUGCGCACCGCCCUCCCCUACUUCCACCACCUACGCGCACACCUGCGAGCCUCCAAUGCCAUCCUCAACGCCCACAGUGCCAGCGCCUUCUCAACACCACACC